AUGAUUGUUCAAGAGCCAGUUCAGGCGAGUUCUGCUGCCAUUUGGCAUUGUUUAAAUCAUUAUGAUUACUCAGAUGCGAUAUUUUUAUCCGAAAGACUAUAUGCUGAAGUGAAAACUGAUGAAAGCCUGUUUUUGUUGGCCACCUCAUACUAUAGAAAUGGUCAAAAAAAACAUGCUUAUCACACUUUAAAGGACAGAACAGGAAGUUCAUCACAAUGUAGAUAUUUAUUGGGAUCAUGUGCAUACGAUCUAGAAAAAUAUGCGGAGGCGGAAAGUGCGUUAAUAGAAAGUGAUAUUUCGAGUAGUUUGGACGAUAUAGCUGCAGAAUAUGGAGAACAGGCUUCUUUUGUGUUGUUGCUCUUAGGUAAAAUAGCUGCCAAAACGGAACGUAAAACCAGAGCCAGCCAGGCGUGGAAAAAAGCUUUAAAAUUAAAUCCAUUUUUGUGGUCUAGUUUUGAACAUUUGUGUAAUAUUGGGGAAAGACUGAAUCCAUAUGCUGUGUUCGAAGUGAAUAGUUUGGAAAAUAUGUCAAUGUGCCAUGGUAGCAGCAUCAAUAACAUCGAAAGCUUGAUAAUAAAUACAACACCAAAUCAGGAGGUGUCUGAGGCUUACUUUACCACCCCGCAACAGAUUUUAAACAAGUUCAAUCCAAACCUGAACAAAAACACCACAAAUUCUAAGUUGUGCACCCCAGAUGAGAGCCCCCUCGCCAACCCUCUUACUUUAUCGGGGAUCAUGCCCACUGCCCCCAAAACUCUCAGGAUCAGAAAGGAGCUCUCUUAUUUGAGCCCCCGGCCCAGCUUCGGGCAGCUGUUCGACGGCGCGUCGGAGAAUUCGGGGGGCGACGGGCAAUCGCUGACGCCGAACCUGUUCUCGCUGCAGACGCUCACCGAAUCGAACAGCCACCAUCACACGUCGUCGCUGGCGAAGCGGAUGCGCGCGCAGGUCGACAACCUGAUCGGACGCAAGGAGGCGUCGUUGUUCCAGAACUGCAAGCCGAACGUGUUCAGCCAUCAGUCUGGCAACGUCGCGAAGACGCCCACCAUACCGUUGGCGGUGCAGCCCGGGCAGAACGUGAGGAGAAGUUCCCGGUUGUUCAGCAACAACUAUUCCGUAAAGGAGAACAACAAAUCCCCGAACCGAAACAAAUUCGCGACGCCGAAGUCGCCGUCGCGCAAAACGAAGCAGCGCAUAGCGAAGUGCAACCUGAACAAGAACCCGACCUACACCGAGCUGAACACGCGCAACAAAAUGGAGAAGGAGAAGAGCGAGACGAUCACGUCGGCCGAGACGAAGACGGAGAAGAGCUCGAACGCCGUCGGCGCGGAAACCUACGCGCAUCAGGCGAUCGCGAUCCAGAAGCAGAGCGCCGAGGGCCUGAUGUGCCUGCUGCGCGAGCUCGGCGGCGCCUACCAGUCUUUGGCGCGCUUCCAGAGCAAGGAGGCGGUGGAGCAGCUGACCGCGCUGCCCGCCAACCAGUUCGACACCGCGUGGGUGCUGUGCCUGGCGGGGCGCGCGCACUUCGAGCAGACCGACUACGAGGCGAGCGCGCGCUUCUUCGGCGAGGUGCACGCGCGCGAGCCGCACCGGCUCGACGGCAUGGACGUGUACUCGACGUGCCUGUGGCACCUGCAGCGCGAGGUGGCGCUGUCGGCGCUGGCGCAGGAGCUGCUCGCCGUCGACAAGGGCGAUCCGGUCGCGUGGUGCGCCAGCGGGAACUGCUUCUCGCUGCACAAGGAGCACGACACCGCCAUCAAGUUCUUUCAAAGGGCCGUGCAGGUGGACCCGAACUUCGCGUACGCCUACACCCUGCUCGGCCACGAGUACAUAACCACCGAGGAGCUCGACAAGGCGAUGAGCUGCUUCAGGAACGCGGUCCGGCUGAACCCUCGCCACUACAACGCGUGGUUCGGCAUCGGCACCAUCUACUCGAAGCAGGAGCGCUACCACCUGGCCGAGCUCAACUUCAAGCGCGCCCUCUCCAUAAGCCCGCUCAACUCGGUCAUCCUGUGCCACAUCGGCGUCGUGCAGCACGCGAUGAGCUGGACCGAGAAGGCGCUGUGCACCUUCAACUUCGCGCUCAACUUCAACUCCAAAUCCUUGCUCUGCAAGUUCCACAGGGCGUCGACGUACCACGCGCUCGGCCGGCACUCGGAGGCUCUCCACGAGCUCGAGGAGCUCAAAGAGCUCAUACCGAAGGAGUCGUUGGUGUACUACCUGAUCGGCAAGGUGCACAAGAAGCUCGGCAACACCGAUCUCGCGCUGAUGCACUUCAGCUGGGCCACGGAUCUCGAUCCCAAAGGCGCCAGCAGUCAGAUCAAGGAGGCGUUCGAUCCGUCGAUCGGGCGCGGCGUUGCCACCGCCGCCAACGACGCCGAAGACGUCGUUAAUGACAGCCGGGAUGACAGCAACACUUCGGAGCAACCGCGCGAACGUCUAAACUUCACCGGCCCAGACGACAGCGACGACAGCUACUAACCGCAUCUUCUCUCGCAACUUUAAAUAAGCAGAAAUCAGGUUACCUACCAUUUAUUAUUCCCGACACAUACAUUUUUUUUUACUUCCGACACUGAAAAAUUCAUUCUUAGACACCUCUAGAAAGUGCUCACCAAAUUUAAACUCAUAAUAUUAAUAGGAAGAUCCUCCUCAUCACAGUUUUCCAUUUUUUCUUUAGUCCCUUAUAAAAAAAAACAUAUUUUAUUAUUAAUCAAUCUUUAAUAGUAAUCGCAACUUUUUGUGGAUAAAAUUAGGACAUAUGCUCUACAAAAAAUGCUUUAUUUUAUGAUAAAUCUACGCUUUCAAAAGUUAUUUAAGGUCCAAGUGUUUUUUCUACUUUUUCCGCGAAAAUAUCAGACUUAUUUCCUUCAAAUUAUCUCCUCGAAAUUCCUAAGGAAUCUUUUUGAAAUGAAGCUUACCAAAUAACUAAAGAUCCUUCAGGAAUUUUAAAAACUUUGUGAAAAGUAAUUUGAGAAAAUUAAAACGUUCUACAAAAUAGUAAAAUCGUAAAAUUUUACGAUUAGUGCCAUAGUUAAUUAUCUUAUUCAUUUUAUAUAAAAAAUUUCAAAAUUAAUUUACUUUUAAAUGCAAAUAACUAGAGAUCCUUUAGAAAUUUUAAAAACUUUGUAAGAGGUAAUUUAAGGGAAAUAAAACGUUCUACAAAAUAGUUCCUAUCUAAUUAAUUUUAUGUACAAAUUUUCAAAAUUAAUUUACUUUUAAAUGCAAAUAACUAGAGAUCCUUUAGGAAUUUUAAAAACUUUGUAUAAUUUGAGAGAAAUAAAACGUUCUACAAAAUAGGUCCUAUAACAUUUUACGAUUAGUCUGAUAGUUGCAGUGAAAAAGUAGAAAAAUCAUAAAAUUUCCUUUGACCUUAAAUAGCUUUUGAAAGGGUAGAUUUUCCAUAAACAAGAGCCUGUUUUGUUAUUUGGGAAAAAAUGGCGAUUUUUUUACCAUAUGAAAAAAUUUUGUUGCAAAUGUACCUACCAAGAUAAUCGUCGAUGUGGAUUUUACCGAAGUGUUUAUUAUUUAUUCGUAGAACUUAGUGUAUUAUAUAUAAACAUGUUUAACUAUCAAAAUAUAGCAUGUGUUUGAUCCAUUGCGUUUUUUCUAUAGGGAUAUUUUUUAAACGACAAUAACAGUGUUUUAAUCUAUUUUCGCGGCUACCGUUUCUGCUUAUCUAAUGGACUUUCGUUUGCACUAUCUACCUAAUUAUCUAAUUGAAUUAUAGUAAAUAUAAGUA